CGUGUGCGACUCCAUUAUUGUCAAAUUCGUUUUAUUGGAACAAUAUUAGGUUAAGAUCAGUCUUCAAAAACACUUCUAGUGAUCCAGGAACAUAUUAAUCAUUUCUUUGAAUAGUUAUUUUCGGUUGAGUGGUGUCUGCAAAGUUUUUUCAUGUACGAAUAUCAUAUAUAUUCCCCACGCUAAUGACAAUCGAGUAUGGCGAACAACUGAAUGUCACGCAAACACAAAACCAUUGCUGCCACCAAAAUGUUUUUCUUGCCACUGGUUACUGACACAUCCUGCACAGACAGGGUCUGAUAGAAAGCAGAUCACAUGCUGCUGAAAUCACAGUUAAAAUGAGCACAUCAAUGGCUGCUGAGUGUGAGGCAAGAUUGUUGAAACUUCAACAAUAUGUUCCUUUUCUGCAACGAGCAAAGGAAUACUACAUAUCCUCUCCAGAAGAUGGGAAGAAGAUAACUCAACUAAUUGCCAUAAUUUCCAAUGCAGAACGAUGUAGAGAACAGUUACGUCCUGAAACUCUUGAAAGAUGUGAAAACUUUUGCAGACUGCAGUAUUUAAAAUUUGGGAAGGAGGAUGAAGUAAGACUAAGGAAAGGGAACAAUCCACAUAGUAGCCGAGAAAAUAACAGGUUUGACAAUCCUCAACAGUUUCGAAAAGGCCCAGAUCAUGACGAGACACCAAGAAGUCCAAGUCCUGAGGAAACGGAACGUUUUUCUGCAAACUCUGUACCUAAAGCAAUCCCUAAUCAACGAACAGAUUCUGAUUUACGAAUCAAUCCAAUUCUGAAUCGUCCAGAAAUGAUCAAUCGGGACUCCUACAGACGUUCUUCUCCAGUCGUUGAGCUUCGUCCUAGUCCUUCCCGGCCUCUACGAACUGAGCCAAUUGAAAUACCUACAAUCCCUCAGAUUCAAACUGGAUCAAGAGUUCAGGGCUUUUCAAAUCAGGAUCAAGAUUAUCGUCCUGCAUAUGAUCAGUCAACAGCAAAUGGAAGGCUUUCACUGGAGGAACGUCGAGUCACGUAUAAUAGAGGUUCACCUGAUGUGCAGCUUGCGGGAACGUCAUUCCCUAAACGUGAAUCUCGAUUUGACCGUUAUGUGGGCGAUCGAUCUUCUGUGCGGCCUUAUGAAGACCCACUUCUUCAUAAGCAGGCUAAUAUAAAUAGUCAUUGGGAUGCUCAGCCAAGCUGGGAGUCUCAUAGCCGUGAUAGAAUAAUGCAUCCUGCAGAGAGAGACAGGUCAUUCCAGAGUCGUGGUCCUCCCAACACAUCACAUGCAGGGCCGAAUGUUGCAAGACCAGGCACUCGAUGGGAUUCGUCCAACAAUCAAAAUCCACAUUUUUCGUCUGUUUCUAGGACUGCACAAGCAAAUAGGACAACACAUGAUAGCCAGCGAGAAUCAAUUCCAGUUCAGCAUGUCCCAACUCAUUCUUUCCGAACUGGAGAGUCAUCCAACCCUCGUAUGGAUCGCCACAGACACGAGCCUAACCGCGGAGGAAAGAACUGGUCUAGUAGCCGAGAUCAGCCUCCAUCGAUUCCGCAGCAAAAUUUUGAUCGGAGUCAGCCUAAGACUGAAAGAAAGUAUUCUCAAAAUGACGCGUCAUCUAGACAAGGACUUCUACCUCACCCAGCUUCCACCAGUUUUCCUGUUCCUAUCCCACCGACGUUGACGUCUCGUCCUCAAACAACUUCAAAAGUACCAAUUCAUCAAACAAAUUCUGUAUCGCAGCAACAACAGUCGACGAUGGAUUCAUCAUCUUCUCAAGGUCCAGCUCGCAGGGAAGAUCCUCGUCUAGCAAACAGACCAAAACCUUCUGUUCCGUCGCUUCCUAAUUCAUCAAAACCGCUCCCAUCACCCGUCAACUCAUCCAUACAGGCGCAACCGCCUCCGAGUCCACUUACACCAGCCCAAUCGAUUCCAAACCCACCUGUAGCAGCACCGCCACCACCACAACGAUUCUCUUCGUCUUCCACUCCUGGUUUGUCUCGUUUCCCUCCUGAUCUUCGGGGAACUCAGCGACCAGUAAACAAAAUGCCACAACCAACAGAACCACCAAAAGGACAAAGCAGUGCUAAGGGCUACAACAAAAGUGACAGUGAUGUACGAAAAGAUGUUGCAAAGCCACCACCUGUUACCGAUAAUGCUAGCGGGUCUAGCACGAGAAAUCAGGAUGAAUUUGUCUCUCCGUUGGAUAGUUUGUAUAGUGGAACGUCAAAAUCUGGCCAAACCGGCCGAGGUUAUGGUGUACAGACUUAUAAAAUACCUAAAAAGAAGACUACGGUGGAAUAUUCCAAAGGAGGAGGUAAACAACUCUCAUCAGAAGCUGAUCCAUCCAUUGUGAUCUCAUCGGAAUCUUCUUCAACAAAUGAAAUUACUCAAGAUACUACUAAAGCAAGCGAUAGUCUCCAACCAGCAGCUGAACUCGACAAAGAACCAUCUGAACAACAGGACGAUACUAUUCCGUUAGAGGUUAUCGAAAAUUUUUUGAAGAAGAACCUCCCGUCGGAUGAUGCCAAAAUGGUAUUAGAUCGAAUUAAGACAAAGACUACCCCCGAUAAGACUAGCCCCAAUAAGGAUGCGAACGAUUUGACUGGAUCUCCCUUAAAGGCUCCAAAACAGGCUGAAAACUCUCCUACUCCCCGUUUGAAUUCGAAUAUUCAGGAGUUGAACACUAAAAAUAUUUCUCCGGUCAGUAAUAGUGACAGUAACAAUUCAUCAGGGGUUGUCACAGACGCCACUGUAACAUCCUCUGGUGAUCCCCUUAUUUUAGUUUUAUCGGAAGAUGAUGAAAGACCAACGGAUGAGGAGAGCGGAAGUUUGGUGCAGGGUACAAUUAAAACCGUGACUUCUAGUGAUUCGAGAGACCCUGGCGAGGUAACCGGAAAGAAGAAAGGAAGACCUCGCAAUUCUUUGCCCCUUGAAUUAGCAAGACUCCGCGAAGAUCUCACAGAUUUCAUGAAAGGAGGCAUGGAGCUUGGUAGUCGAAGAUGUCGUUCGAAAUCCUCUCAACCAACAUUAGAUGGAGCGUCGGAAGAAGGUGACAAACGAGUUGACAAUGUGGCACCAGCGACCGCUAAACGAGGAAGAAAAAGAAAAGUCGGGGGAGAUAAGGUGCCAGAAGUUUCGUCGUUGAGUCCAAUUCCGCCAUCUGAAGAAGGAAAUGAGAAUUUAGAUGACACCGGAAGCACCUACUCUUCGUCCUUGGAACCCACUAGCGUAAUCGAGUCUCCAAACGAGUUGACUAAUCCUCUUCGAGGACAAACAAGUACUCGGGGCCGUCCAAAGAAAGGAGUCGCUCGUGGAAGGAAAUCCGGUCCGAACGAUCCCAGUCCCGAAGGCACAGGGGGUAAAUUGUCGAAAAAGCGGAAGAAACCCCUUGUUCCAACUCAUUUAUCGCUGCGCGGACGUCGUUCAAUGUACGAAGACGGUGAACAAGAGAAUCUUGCAGAUCAAUAUUUCCAAUGCCAAACAUGUUCGUAUCUCGGACAGAAAAUCGUUCAUCAUUACGUUAAUGAACAUCCUGAAAUAGAAAAUCCUUACGUCUCUGUGCCUGAAAGUAAUUGGGAAGAAAUUUUGAGCUCUGCCACCAACCCACCACAUCUUGAAGUAAACUCUGAUCUUCUUUCGGACUUGUCUUGGAUUCCCACUCGUCCGAAUUACACCAGUCCUGUGCAGUGUAAAUUAUGUGCUUUCCACACCUCCAAACGAAGUGAACUCAUGGAACACGUAAUGAUCCACGCCCUUCCUACUAAUUGCAAAUAUCGUUGCUUACUCUGCGGCUUCACCGAAACAAAUUUCUUCGACAUGUUGGAUCACGUCAGCGGUCACACUGGCGAGUUUCGGUACCGAUGCAACUACUGCAAUUUUCAAGUUGCACAUCGAGCCGGCAUCAAACACCACAUGAACAGCAUGCAUGAGUCUCAAGAUGGCCUGUUCUAUAAUACCAAGUCGUUCGAAGAAGAGAAUCUACAGAUGUGUGUCUCCGGAUUUGCUUGCCGGACUUGCCGUUACGUACAGAUGAAUGAAGAGGGUGUGGAACGUCACAAAGCUUUACAUCCUGAAUGUGAUGAGCACGUAAAGAUCAAUUUGGUUACCUUUAUUCAGGAACCUAUCACUGUCAAGAAAAAAAUCAUUGAAGAAGAGGAAGAAUCUAUGGAAGAUAGUAAGUUAGAAAAUAUUCAAGACGAAAAGGAGAAAGGAGUGUUUUUAUGCCCAACUUUAGAAUCAGUGAGGCAUGACGAUGAUCUGGAUGAGGAUCAAUUGACAGUGUCUUUAAAACUACACUCAGUUUCGUUCAUUGAAACGUUGGCUGAAAAACUUACUUCUCCUGAGGCAUCGGAACAAAUACCGAAGAAUAAAUCUCAAGAACAACGACCUGUAGUGCUAAAUCCACCAGAUGCAGAAUCUGUUUCCCAAGUUCCCUCGUCGAUGGCAUUAGAAAUUUCAUCCCAAGAGCCAGAAAAUUCAUUAAUCACGGAGGUUGCCAGCAAGGAAACAGAAUGCAUAGAGCAGGCAACAAGUGAUCCCCCUAGGCUUUUAAUGGAAGCCUGGAAGCAAAAUGCCUUAUUACAAACGAUCAUUUCCAAACUGUCGGACAAACUUGGUGGGUCGGAAAUAGAAGCAAGCACAUCGAUUGAAGUUGAGGAUGCUGAAGACGCCGAAGAAGUAUCUGAGGAGGAGGAGGAUGAGGAAGACAGCGAAGAGAGUUUCGAUGAUUCCGAGAUUGAUUCAGAAGAUGAAUCUGUUGAAGACCAAAACAUGGAUCAAGAGGACACUGUGCAUACACCCAUUACGGCAGCAGUUGAUGUUAACGAAACGGCAACCGUCGAGGAUAUCGAUGCGUCGUCAGAUUCAGCUGGAUUUUUGAGGAUCGAAAACGUCAUUAGUCUCAUUGAUAUCGAUGAAGAUGACAGUCUCGAUCCGGUUGCUUCCGCCGAUCUCUUCUCGAAAGUAACAGUGGCCAAAGACGAAGUGACUUUCCCGUACAACACUAAGCAUGAUCGACCCAAAUUCGCAGCUCAGUUGAAGGACGGAGAAAUCUACAAAUCAAUGCUGGAUCGUGGACGUGUUCGAUAUUUGUUCAAGUGCAUGGCGUAUCGUUGUAUGUUCUCUAGCGACUCGGCUAAAGAUUUCAAGCAGCAUUUGCAGUGGCAUAGCAAACAUUUCUUCGUGACAAAUCCCAGUCGGCUAAUUCGUGAACGACGAAUGGUUACGGAAGGAGCUGAAGGUGUCUGCGAAACGAUAACUUUACCAGAUUUUCAUUUCUGUUCCUGCUGUCCGUUUGUGGCAUGUUCUACAUUAGAAUUGGUGAAGCAUAUCGAAAGCAUCCACGGAUCAAGCGAUUUCCAAUGCUCUGCCUGCUUCUUCCGCGCAAGACGUUCCAAGAUAGUUGACAUUCAUACCAUCAUCUCUCAUCAAGGCACGAAUGCAUUUUCGCUAAGCUGCAAAUUCAUAACUCCUGCUGAACGUCAAUUGGAUGUCGAUCAACUAGGGUUGAGUCAAGUCCCGAGGUAUCGCUGCUGCGUCGACAAAUGCGGAUUUGCUUGCAUCCUCCGCAACAGUUUCAUCAAACAUCUGUCGACUUGCCACCCCGGGCUGAGGCAUUUUAUCUGUCGCUUGUGCACGAAAGACAUUUCUUGUAACAAUAGCGAUUACACUCAAUACUUUCUACACAUGAAUACCCACAACAUGGGGUUCUUUCAAUGUGCCUUUUGCCUGUGGGGGUCUGACCUACCGACGGAUAUGCUCAUCCAUCAGUGCCUCCAUCAUCCCUCCAUGGAGGGCAAAGUGUUCACUCGCUCCUCGCAAAACUCGUCCUCUUCCAUGACCUUGUUAAAGUAUUGGCAUCCAGGAUUGCACCAUUCAUACUCAGUGAAACAAAAGAUCGAUUUCGAGCAACGUUUUAGAGAACUUUUUGACAAGGUUCACGUUAUCGAGAGUCUAAUGUCGCCAGAAGAAGAUGUUAUUGAUGUGCAUGUGACGGAAACAGAGAACAAUAAAAACGAGGUGGUGGCUGGAGAACCGAUGAAUGUUCCAUCAAGUCUUGAAGAUGAACAAGUUACCGAAAAAUCAGUGGCAGUAGAAGAGGAUUCGGCUCUCUCAGAAAUUUCCAAGGAACCUGAACCCGAGUUCCAUGGUUUUGGGGAGGAAGAACAGGCGAAAGCCAAGCAGCAAACAGAAUCUAUUGUAAUUGUAUCAGAUCCUGAAGAUGAAAAUUCUGCUAGUGCUCCUAUUGAGCUACGAGCAGUCGUGGCCACAAAAACCACUGAGGAACCAGUAGAGCAAGAAACAGAGGAACACCAGGAAGGACUGGCUGGACGCAAGUUGUACAUGUGUGGAAACAUAGGCUGUGAUGAGACUGCUGAAACUGCGGCAACUUUCAAGGAUCAUUUGUUGGUGUGUGAUUUAGCUCGAGAUUCUCGUUUAUUGACAUGCCGUCAUUGUGGAAAAAAUAUUAAACAGGUCUCUAACCUGAUUGAACAUCUUCGAUCUCAUGGCGUCAAAAGAUUCUUGUGCGGACUGUGCACUCACCGUUCCAAUCAAGCUGCGCAAAUCCGUAAGCACAUGAAGACGGUACAUCGGGUCAACGUUUGUGACGAGGUGCCUAUUAGUUCAGGACCAGGACCAGCGAACGCUGAAAACGUUCUCCAUGCUUUGUAUCCCCGAGAAAUGAUUGCUCGGUUGAAACUGAGGACGAGAGGAUCGCCUGGUAAGAAAGGUGCUUCUAAGGCCUUUUCGUGCCGAGAUGCGCAAAUGAUUCCAAUGAGGGCAAUUUUGCCCUCUAAAGUCAAAUGCGCACAUUGUGGUUACGCGAGUAUUGUCAGAACAAAUAUGAUUCGACACCUUUCCAUGCAUCAGUGUAGCGAAAUAACAAAUGGAACAUCCAGCGAAGGAGAAGAAAUCAUUCCACGGAUAGUGAUACCUGACCAAGACCCUAUCAAUCCAGUGCCUCAUCUGGAAACCCCGUCUCAGGGGAUGAUGUUUGACAAGAUGGCUAAUUUAGCUUACAGUUCGCAUGUCAAAGAAAAACCGGCAACAAAAGAACGAAUGAGUAAGAUGAGAAAUUCGAACUUGGUUGACGAUUCGGUCGGAUUGGAGAAAGCCCUAGAGCCUAUUUUUGUUCCGGAUCAUCAACGUUACGUGUGUGGCUUCAACGACUGUGGCCAUUUGACCAUCAACGAAAAUAUGCUGAAGUAUCACGUGCAAACUUUGCACAAGAACGCCGUCUUUUCUUGUCCUCACUGCACCUUGCUGGAUGAAGAAGAACCCAUGUCUAUUGAGGCCUUCCGUGGUCACUUGAAGAUGCAUGGUCCUCAGUUAUUCAAAUGCGGACAUUGUACCUAUUAUCAUUGGCAACAACAAGAUAUUGAUUCCCACUUGAAAGACAAGCAUCCGAACCGUCCGCCGUGGCGGAUACUCGUUCGGGAUCCGAACGAUGCCGAAGUGAAACGUUUGCAGAACACCAAUCAGAAUGCUGAAAAAAGCGGCGCGUCAUGGAACUGCAGUUUAUGUAAACAAGUGGCGUACACUGCGGCCGACAUGCAAGCACACGUGGAAUCAAAUCAUGGAGUCAAAAGUCAAUUCAAAUGUUCCUUGUGUCCAGUCCGCUGCAACAUCCGCUCUGAAUUCGACCGACAUUUUGUAACAAAACAUCCCGGACAAGACGUUCAAGUUCUCACAAUGUUUUACAAAGUGGAGAACAGUGAAGCUACCAAUGAAACGGAAACAGCUUCAUUUGUCGCAGCCAAUUUUGAGCCACUAUGGAAGAAAGAUGACAACAGGUUGCGUCAUAUUCGUGGAAUUCUUUUAGAUGAGGACGAAAUAAAACCAACCGAAGAAGAUGGACAUUCUGGAACAAAAACUAUGAACGAAGAUCCAGUAUUUGGUCGUUAUGGUGCACCGUGUUCCAUCACUGGCCAGUAUUGUUGCCCUAAAUGUAAUCAGUAUCGCGUCUCGUACUCUCGCGACUUGAGGAUACAUCUUUAUAAGGAAUUAGAUUACAAAAAAUUCCUGUGCUCCAUCUGUAACGAAGGCUCCUGGAGCCGUGCUCUGGCAUUGAGUCAUGUAGGAAAGCUGCAUCCCAACUCAGGCGCUUAUAUACGGGAAAUCACGUCUAAUCGGGCUCUUGAGGAUUGGGUGGCAAAAGUAAUCAAAGUUCAGACGGACGCCUUAAAAACCAUAAAAGCAGUUUUGCCUACUGCAAAUAAGGCUAAAAAAAGUGUUCCGUCUUCUCCGGCCACAUCUACUCCGUCUUCUCCCGUCAAGUCACCGGCGAAAACAAAGAAACCUGUCAUUUCAGUGGUGUCUGCCCCCACAGUUUCGAUACAGCCUAAACCAAUUGUGAUCACUGUAGAUCUGGAACCAUUGCCAGACACUAGUGCCGUUGCGUUGCCGUUGGCAUUAAAAAAGGACUGGAACUGCCUUUCUUGUCAGUUUGUAGGGGAUUCCGAAAAGCUACUGGAAGAACAUGUUGUGGCGAAGCAUGCAGAUGAAAACACAAAAUCCGGAAAUAAAAUUUGCUUGGAGUGUGGAUUCAAAGCCACACCCAAACAGUCAUUGGUCAACCAUCAAAAGAAAACCAAACACACCAAGACAAACGAGGUGGCAACAACUGCUGAUGAUGGUGAAAGUGAAGGUUCAGUUAGCACAUUAACCGAAGUGGAGAGUACACCGCAAGUACAACAAGCGAAGAAAGGUCGGACCAAAACGCCCAAUCCAUACCGAUGUAAGCAUUGUAAAUUUUCAGCAGUCAACGAGCAUGGUAUAAAUCUUCAUUGGCAACGCAUCCAUUUGGCAAAUGAUUUGCCGUUGGAUUUUGAAUGCGACAUUUCACCGGAGGUUACUGCAGCCAAACCAGAAUCAGCAAAAAUUUAUUAUAAAUGCCAACUUUGCUCUGUGCAACCUGGUCUUUACGAAGAAAUGCGAUUGCACUCGAAGACGCUUCAUCCCAAUUGUCCUGUCAAAAUCUUUCGAAUAACGUCCAAAGUGAAGGGUAAUCAACAAAAGGAACCAAGUGUGACCGACAGUAAAGAUUUGGGAACACCGCCCGUGAAGAUAACCCGAGUUGAGAAAGCUCCAACACCAAGUAAGGAAGCUGUUGCCGCAACCUCGUCAACAUUUGCAGUCAAAUCUCAGCCGAAACAUGCUGCUAAAACGACAGCUCCAUCAACCUCAGGUAGCUCGCAAACGGUAUUUGUGGUAGCACCACCUGCAAAUCAGCCUGCCUAUGCUUGUGCUUGGUGCAACUCUAAAUUUCAGCAAGAAAGUCAGGUAAUUCGCCAUCACGCGACUCAUCCGAGCAACGUUCCUUUACGUUACACCUGUACAACACCUACUCUUAAAUCCGCGGGGAAUGCACCUUCAGCAUCAUCGUCGACAUUUAAACCUGAACUUGCAGUGAUGGAAAUCCGUUUCGGAUGUCCAAUUUGCACGAAGUAUUUUAUUUCACUGGCUGGAGCACAGCAGCAUGUGGUCGAACAUAAGCAGGUGUGGAAGUGCGGACACUGCGUAAUGUUAUUUGGUACGCCUACGUUAGCUCUUCAACACUGGAAAGAAGUGCAUCCUGGUCUUCAGGGGCAGCUAGAAAGCAUAGAUUCACCUAGUCAAAUAGUCGAGAAACUGUCUAAGGGAAUCACAAUCCAUCGCGUCCAGCUAAACAUGAAAUCUCUACUGAAGGACAAAACUUCUCUUCAAUCUGCACAUGCAAGCGAAAUCACUGGAACAGUCAAGGAGAUCAAGGAAACACGAAGUACUGAGACACCAACCCCAUCACAAGUUCCCAAAGCCACAGCAGUGGCGAGGAAAUCAACUAGCACUAACCUCUUUCUCAAAGAAAACAUGAAACAAGAUUCAGCGUCACCAGCAGCUCGCGAAGGCCCCCCUGCAGUGUUAGAAGUAACAAGAAUAACUUAGAGGACCCACUAAAAAUUUAAGUGCUGAUGAGACAUUGGGAUUAAUCAAAUGCGUCACGAUUUCCAUUUAAAUUUUGUAAAUGUCCAUCAAAUUCAUUGUACAAUUUUAUUCAUCGGAAACCUGUCUUUUUUAAUUUAUUCGUUAUGUUCUAUUUUUCGUUUCAACUUUUGCCUGAAUGAAACUGUGGCAACGCGGAAUGUAUAGCGAAUGCUGCGAAGCUCAUAAAAAUGUCUAUGUAUCUAAUAUGUUGCACUCCUAGUUUAUAAAACCGAUACAACUCAUUAAAGUGAACAAGUCGAACAUACUGACAUAUUGUCAUUCUCUAAAUUGGCUGUUGUGGCUUUCUAAGCGAUUUGUGAAUUUCCUGAUUUUUCCGCAAGUGCGUAAACAUAAAAUAAACAUGUGUAAAGUUUU